UAACAAUUUCUUUAUAAACGACACCGUAUUAUCCCUUCACUUCAAAAAUACAUAUUUUACCCAAACGUGCAGACUGCAAAAACCUCCACGGAUCUCUUUUGUCUACAAAAAUGGCAGCCGAAGUCAGAAGAAUCUUCGUCCCCACCAUCUUCAUCUCCAUCUCCAUCACUCCUUCGUUCCCUUUCCAAUGAUAUCUCAUUCGCAUCUUCUCUCUCAAUGCUCUUUCUUCUUCCCAAAUCUCCUAACCAAAUCUUCUCUCCCCUCUCCUUCCCUCUCCUUUCCCUCUCUCUCCUCUUCUUCCAUCUCCAUGCUCUCUUCUCUCUCUCCCCGCCCACCUAAUCCCACCACCACUUGUCCCGUCUCCGUCUCCGUCUCCGUCUCCGGCGACACUCUUCUCAAUUCCGAUCUAAAUGAUCCAAUCCCCCCUCUCCGAAUCGCCAUUCUCGGGUUUGGUAACUACGGUCAAUUCCUCGCCGAAACCCUAGUUUCUCAAGGCCACAUUCUCUUCGCCCAUUCCCGAUCCGAUCACUCCGCCGAAGCUCGCCGUCUCGGAGUCUCAUUUCACACGGAUCUUCACGAUCUCUGCGAGCGUCACCCCGACGUCGUCCUCCUCUGCACUUCAAUCCUCUCCACCGAGAAUGUCCUCGAAACGUUGCCGUUUCAGAGACUCCGUCGGAACACACUCUUCGUCGAUGUUCUCUCCGUCAAGGAGUUCGCCAAAACCCUCCUCCUCCAAUACUUACCCGAAGACUUCGAUAUCCUCUGUACGCACCCGAUGUUCGGUCCACAGAGCGUGAGUUCGAACCAUGGAUGGCGAGGUUUACGAUUCGUCUACGAUAAGGUCAGGAUCGGAGAAGAAAGGUCGAGACUUUCGAGGUGUGAGAGUUUCCUCGGGAUCUUUGAUCGUGAAGGGUGCGAGAUGGUGGAGAUGAGCUGUGCUGAUCAUGAUAGGUACGCUGCUGGGUCGCAGUUCAUAACGCAUACGGUGGGUAGGGUUUUGGAGAUGCUGAAACUGCGAUCUACGCCGAUUAACACCAAAGGCUACGAGGCGUUGCUUGAUUUGGCUGAGAACACUCGUGGGGAUAGCUUCGAUCUGUACUAUGGGCUGUUUGUGUAUAACAAGAACUCGCUGGAGAUGCUAGAGAGGAUGGAUUUGGCUUUCGAGGCGUUGCGUAAGGAGCUUUUUGGUCGACUUCAUGGUGUUGUGAGGAAGCAGCUGUUCGAAGGUGAAGCAAAGAAAGUUCAGAGUGGUUACCGAAAUGAUGAUUCUUUGGAUGUGAUUAGGUCUAAAGAUGUUGCUUUGAAGAAGUAUGAAUACGAUGCUCAAGUCUCUGGCAUUGUCGAUGGCAGUUCAAGGCUCAAGAUUGGUAUCGUCGGGUUUGGAAACUUUGGACAGUUUCUAGCGAAAACGAUGGUCAGGCAAGGCCACACGGUGUUGGCCUAUUCGAGAACUGACUACACCGAUGAAGCUGCGAAGCUUGGUGUCACGUAUCUAUCAGACCUUGAUGAUCUCUUUGAAGAGCACCCUGAAGUUGUUCUUCUCUGUACAUCGAUCCUCUCGACUGAAAAAGUUCUCAAGUCACUCCCGUUUCAAAGACUCAAGAGAAGCACGCUUUUCGUGGAUGUGCUUUCUGUGAAGGAGUUCCCGAGGAACUCUUUUCUUCAAGCUCUCCCACAAGAUUUUGAUAUUCUGUGCACACAUCCCAUGUUUGGACCAGAGAGUGGUAAAAAUGGAUGGACCGGUCUUUCCUUUGUGUUUGAUAAGGUUAGGAUCGGAAUGGACGAUAGAAGAAUGUCUAGGUGUGACAGUUUUCUCGAUAUUUUCGCCCGUGAAGGAUGUUCUAUGGUGGAGAUGUCGUGUGCUGAACAUGAUCGGCAUGCUGCUGGAUCGCAGUUUAUCACACAUACAGUGGGGAGGGUUCUGGAGAAGCUGAGCUUGGAAUCUACUCCUGUUGACACCAAAGGUUAUGAGACGUUGCUGAAACUGGUGGAGAAUACUGCUGGUGACAGUUUUGAUCUUUACUACGGACUGUUUUUAUACAAUCCUAAUGCGAUGGAACAGCUUGAGAGGUUUGGUUUAGCGUACGAAUCAUUGAAGAAGCAGCUCUUUGGACGGCUACACCGUCUUUUGCACAAGCAGCUGUUUGGGAAUGAUAAAGAGACUCAAAUCAUGUUGGAGACAACUGGUUUGUCAACAUUCAGAUGAGCUUGGAGAAGAGGAUUGUGCUGGUGGACCUCGCGGUUGUGUGCACAACAAAUAGCAAAGGAGUAAAUGAAUCUUAUCCAGACACAAAAGUGAGUGUUUUAUAAAACACACAGCGACAUGCAAGCACGUUGUGUCAUAAACUCAUUUUGACCUUUUGUCAGUUUCAUGUCCAGACAUGAAGCCACUCCCAAAUCACUUACUCAACGCCCUUUUUUACAAGAAAAGCUGCAAACUCUCUAUUUUCUUCAAUUCCAAUCACAAAUCUGAUCCCAAACUACCACUAAAAAAAUGCCUUACGCUCUCUUUACUUCUACUACUUUCUUCACUCUCCUUCUCUUCUUUGUUCUCCUUGUCUUUCUCUCGCCUGUCAUUGUCGCCGAAGAAGAGAAAAAACCUGAUUUCAAGGCAAUCCUUGCAAAGAUAAUGGCCGGGCAGAAAAAAGGAGGAGGCAGCAAGUGAGACCAAUUCCCUUGGGCUUCUUCUACCAAUCUGUUUGCCAUUUCUUCUUUCUUUUGUUUGUUUUUUUUUUUGUCUUAAACAAUAAUGUACAAGUGUCUUUGGUUUUAUUAUAUGUUGUUUGUUCUAACGACAUUUUAUUGUGUAGACUUUAAAUAAACCUUUUGGAUUUUACAUGUGUUGAAAUAUAUCGUGUAAGCUUGAGAUAUUGGUAUUAAAUCAUAGAACAUACUA